UGCGAAGUUUUGUUACACAGCUUGUUGGUGAGUAUCAUGUUUCACUUCGCUAAGUUCAGACUUUCACAAUGGGCUGUUUAAUUUCGCAAAAUCAACAGUUCGGUGAGUUUUAAAAAUUUUACACUUUUUUUUUCUUUUUUUAAAUCGCUGCUAAAAUGAACGCGAUUACGUAUUUUUCCGCGUUCUUUUUAAAUAGUGCGUUUUUUACUUGUUUUUUAUUCGCGCGUUUUAUUAUUUCGAGUCACAUGUUGGAUGUCAUUAUUCGUGAAGUAUACAUUAUUUACAUUACGUACAAAAAUGUUAACCACGUGAUUUUUUGAUGAAAAAAAUUUAUCCAGCGUCGAAUUUAAUCGAGAUAUUUAUUCGUUCGCCGAAUGAAGAAAGAUUUACUCGUAUUUUUUAUAUGAGAUCAAAUGAAAGCGGAUGAAAUAACAACGAUGAACGAAGUUUAUCAAAACAUCAUCGCUGCCAGCAAUAACGGAACACUUUGUAUAAACGAUUGUCAAUGGUUACAGCAAUUCAAUUUAACCUAUCAAGAUGUCCAAUUCAUAAUGAAUCUGACAUCGUCGAUGAGAACAUCGAGUACGAAAAGUUCGAGCAAUUCGAACAACGUGUGUUAUUGCAACGGUACAAUGCGAAAUAUAGCGACAGAAUAUAGAAACGUGCACGGUUACGUGAGCUUAUUCGUGUGCAUAUUCGGGACACUGGCGAACUCCUUCAAUAUCGCCGUUUUGACUAGAAAACAAAUGAAAACUGCUCCGUUCGCUUACAUACUGACUUGGCUGGCCAUUACCGAUAUGUUAUUAAUGAUCGAGUACAUACCGUUCUCAUUAUAUAUGUACAUAGAUUCGAACUCGAAAAUAGAACGAUUUUCUUACGGAGGUGCGAUUUUUAUACUCAUUCAUACACAUCUGUCGCAAGUACUGCAUACAAUGUCGAUUUGUUUAACGCUGACGUUAGCAUUUUGGAGGCUAAACACGACGAGGUAUCCGGAAAAAUGCAGCACAUUGUGGUCGAAGAAAACUUGCGCUUCAGCUGUAAAAGUUGCCAUGGUGGUACCAAUUGUGAUAUGUAUUCCUUCUUAUUUCAUGUUCGGAAUUCAUUCGACCGUACUGUACGAGAAAGGAGAAUUCCACGAAUUAUACCAUUUAGACUUGAGCGAUUUAGCCAAAGCUCAUAACGAAUUACUUUACAUAGGUAACCUAUGGCUUUACGCGGUGGUCAUUAAAUUACUACCUUGCAUAAUAUUAGCAAUAAUCAGCCUCGCUUUAAUAAAAGCUCUGCACAGUACGACGCAAAGGAAAGAAAAACUACAAAAUUUUACAGCCAAUUUGAACAGUAAGAAAAACGCGAAGUUAAGAAGGAUACGAAGACGAGCAGACCGAAGUAGUCAUAUGCUGAUAGCUAUUUUAUUUUUGUUCCUUUUAACCGAAUUUCCCCAGUGUAUUUUGGGAUUAUUGAGCGGAAUUUUGGGAAGAUGCUUUUUUAAAAAUUGUUAUCAUUUGUUCGGCGAAAUUAUGGACAUAUUGGCUUUACUCAAUGGAGCGAUAAAUUUCAUUUUGUAUUGUACCAUGAGCAAGCAAUUCAGACAAGCGUUCGCUGAAAUAUUCCAUUACGUCUACUUUUUAAAUAAAAAAAAUACUCACGAAUAUCAUAUUUAAAAAAUUUUUAUACUCGUUUGUUUAUUAUUGUUUGUUUUUUUUCAUAAUAAAUGCUGUGUUGUUGCGUGUUA